UUUUGUAAACUUUUUUAAGAGAAACGGGGUUGGCAGGUAGUAUUUAAUUUAUUCCUGUCUCUGGCCCACACUCCAGUACGGUAGGCAGCGGAAAUGCACCAUAACGUUGUAUGCCAACCGCCGAUAAACCCCACUGAAGAAGAAGAAGAAGAAGAAGAACUUCCUCCUGAAAAUUAGUUGGCAACACUGCUUCUGCAUAGACUGAAGAAGGAAUAUCAAGACCAUCUUCGGUGGAGUCCUGAGUGCCGGUCUUCCAAAGAAGUGUCACUGCUUACAGCCAACUUGAACAAUAUUGAGACACCUUUCCAAGCUUCGUUGGCCUAUUAAUAAAUGGUAACUUUAUGACAGUGUUAAUGCACUGUUGUCUGUCUACACCACAUAAUUGUGAGUCAGGUGACCGUAUGGACUCGGCGCAAAAAUGCUGCAACUCGGAGACGAAAUCGCCCUAUUCUCGGUGGUGUUCGUGGUCGUUCUCCUCGGAACCCGGAGCCCGAUAUGGUCCACCGCCCUCACCGCCUGCCUCUAUGCCUUUUUGAUCAUGUUCCGUUUUCCCCAAGUCCCGACCAGCCAGGCCAGACAGGUGCUUCGGCCCGCCAAGAACGCUGCUUCGGGUGGGGUGUCCCUGGUCGCUCACCGGGGUGGAGGGCAUGAUGCGCCGGAGAAUACCAUGGCUGCUAUCCGGGAGGCCCAUAAGAACGGGGCGACAGGCGUAGAGCUGGACUUAGAGUUCACAUCAGAUGGAGUUCCUAUUCUGAUGCACGAUGAGACAGUAGACCGAACCACCAACGGGUCGGGACCCCUCACACAGCUGAGCUUCUCUGAGCUCAGUAAACUGGACGCUGCCGCUAAGCACCGGCUCAGUGACAAGUUCCAGGGAGAGAAGGUCCCCACUCUGCAGGAGGCUGUGGAGGAAUGCAUCAAACUGCAGCUCACCAUCUACUUUGAUGUCAAAGGUCACCCAGAUGAGGCAGCGGCAGCCCUAAAGGAGAUGUAUCAGAAACACCCUGUCCUUUACAACACCAGCAUCGUCUGUUCCUUUGAGCCCAAAGUCAUCUACAGGAUGCGUCAGGCUGACCCGGAAGUGGUGACGGCGCUGACCCACCGGCCAUGGAGCCUGUGUCGGUUGGGUGACGGCACGCCGCGCUUCUCGUCGCUAUGGAAACACCACUGGAUGCAGGCGCUAGACGUGAUAGUGGACUGGGCCCACCACCACCUGCUCUGGAACCUCUGUGGCGUUUCCGCCUUCCUGGUGCAGAAGAACUUAAUAUCACCGGACUAUGUCCAGUACUGGGCCCAGAGAGGGGUUGAGGUGGUGGGCUGGACGGUCAACACAGAUGAGGAGAAACAAUACUACCAGGAGAUACUCAACGUCAGCUACAUCACUGACAGCCUACUGGAGGACUGUGAUCCUCACUACUGAACACAGUGGACGGACAUCACACACAC